AUGGGCAAAGAGGUACGUAAAGCAACAAACGAGCCCUCAUCAAGGGCCACCCCUGUUCCGCCUUUCUCCAGUAAGCACGACGCCUUCUUUGACUCGAUCACUUAUCGUUGGAAUUCUUUGUUUCAGCCUUACAAGAACAAACUCCAUAUACGAGGAGGAGGAGCAGAAGAAGAAGAAGAAGAAGAUAGAUCUGCAUUUAUCAAGGUUUGUUCUUCCUUCUCCCCAUUUGUCUGGGUGUUUUUUUUAUGUUUGAUUCUUGCUCAAAGGCACAUACAAGAUUUUCAAAGCUUCGGUAUAUUUAGCUUAGUGUCUUCAAAUCAUUUUCAACAUCUUGAUCUUUGUGGUCUUAAGAUGACAGAUGGUGGUCCAAGGUAUACCGUUGACGAUGCUAUUCUUGCCAUGGGGUUUGGAAAAUUUCAAUACUUUGUGCUACUCUAUGCUGGCAUGGGUUGGGUUUCAGAAGCCAUGGAGAUGAUGAUUCUGUCAUUUAUAGGACCAGCAGUUAAGUCUGAUUGGAAUCUUACUUCUCAUCAAGAGUCUCUAAUAACCAGCGUGGUUUUUGCUGGAAUGCUGGUUGGAGCUUAUUCAUGGGGUAUAGUUUCAGACAGAUAUGGAAGAAGGAAAGGUUUCUUGGUUACAGCAAUAAUCACUUCUGGAGCUGGUUUUCUAAGUGCUUUUGCCCCGAAUUAUCCUGUAUUGCUUAUUUCUCGUUGCUUGGUUGGUCUUGGUCUUGGGGGUGGUCCUGUACUCUUAGCUUGGUUUUUAGAGUUUGUACCUGCACCAAACAGAGGCACUUGGAUGGUGAUUUUCUCUGCAUUCUGGACAUUUGGAGCAAUCUUUGAGGCUGCACUGGCAUGGAUUAUUAUGCCUAGACUAAAUUGGAGGUGGCUACUGGGGAUAUCUGCUUUGCCUUCAUUCCUUCUCCUAGUAUUUUAUGUCGCGACACCAGAAUCACCUAGGUAUUUCUGCUUGAAAGGACGAAAAAGUGAUGCCCUCAGAGUUUUGGAGAAAAUAGGCAAACAAAAUAGAAAAGAAUUGCCUCUCGGUGUUCUUGCUACUGAUAAUGAAAUUGAGCUACAAGGAAAGAUUCUUCCUACAGAAGGCACAAUUUCACAGCCAGCAAGUACAGAGGGAGAUGUUGCUCCUCCUAAGUGGAAGGAUUCUGACUUGGGAGUCUUAAAAUCUCUGUUAAUGCUUCUUUCACCAAAAUUACUUAAGUCAACCCUGCUUUUGUGGGUGGUGUUCUUUGGGAAUGCAUUUUCAUACUAUGGCCUCGUGUUGCUGACAACUGAGUUGAACAAUAGGAACAAUACAUGCAAUCACCCUAAAGCGCAGUCACAUAAGUCUUCUGAUGUUGAUUACAAAGAUGUCUUAAUCACUACUUUUGCAGAAUUUCCGGGGCUCAUUGUUUCAGCUCUCAUAGUUGAUAAGAUUGGUCGUAAACUUUCAAUGGCGGGUAUGUUCUUUGUGGCCUGCAUCUUCCUGCUGCCAUUGGUAGUUCAUCAGUCACCAACUGUAACAACAGUUCUUCUCUUUGGUGCUCGAAUAUGCAUCACAGGAACCUUCACUAUUGUCUACAUAUAUGCUCCAGAGAUUUACCCAACCUCAGUAAGAUCAACUGGUAUUGGAGUUGCAAGCUCAAUGGGAAGAAUUGGGGGAAUGAUUUGCCCUGUUGUGGCAGUAAGUUUGGUGCAAGGAUGUCAUCAGACAGUAGCCCUUAUUCUUUUUGUGUGCAUAAUAUUUGUAUCAGGAUGCUGUGUAAUGCUGUUUCCAUUUGAAACCAAGGGUAUUGAAUUGACCGAGAGUGUAUCCAGUACGAAAAAUGAAAAGCCAAAGGCUGUGAAACAGGAAGAGCCUUGA